AAAUAAAAAAUAAAUUAUUAUUUAUGUAUAACCCGCUAACCCAACACAACCCAACUCAUGAUCGAAUUCAUUCCGUUCGAAUUAAAUGAAAAAAAAUACGAAUUUAUAAUUUAUCUAAACUAAAAAAUAAUCGAUCGGAUUGGAUAUGAAUUUUGGUAAACCUGAGACAACUAAAUCCAUUCAGCUUAUAUCCCUCUCAAUAUAUAAAUAUAUUUAAAUAUAUUAAGUCAACAAUCUUUGUGCACUAGAGAAAAACAGUGUGUCCUUUUUCUCCUUACACACCAAAAACAAAAGAAGAGAACAAUAAAAUAAGAAUCAAACUCAACGGCGCUGCCUCCUGCCCCUCUCCAGGGCGUCGGCACACCACAACCCUUCUCUCCGGUAAGUAACCCUAAAACUAAAACCACAGUUAACUUUGCCGAGUACCAGUAUAUUAAUCUGUAGAUAUUAAGACACAUUUGCGUUACUGAUUUUUUGUGCUUUCUCAUGUUAUUGUUUCUGCUUAACCUAUUUCUUCCAACACAAAAAAUGUCUACAACAUGAAAUUGUAGCUAUAUUGAAAUUCGCCUCUCAUAUGCACUUUGAAAUUGCAUUAAUCUCAAUUUCUAUGAAAGAUGUGCAAGUAAGUGUAUUGAUGUAUCUUAAUUUUUGGUUAUGGUUAUAUUAAGAUUUUUCUUUUAUUUUCUUCAACUUUGCCCCAUAUUUCAUGUAGUAGUUAUUAGUUAACCACCAUGAUAACACCCGUAAAAAAUUUAUGAAUCAUUAGUACCAACCUGAAAUUGCAGGUGCAUCAAACAUGUAUAUCGAUACAACUAUCAAGUCACCACUUUUGGCGGUCCAAACCAAGAGUUGCAUGCAAUGUUUAUGGCUAAAUAUGAAUCUUGCUUCCCCUUUUGAUAGACUUGGAUUAGUUUUAAAUAUGUAUGCAAGGUUAUGUGAUGUGGUACUUAGUCUUAUUUUUUUAUGUAAGGUUCUGAGAUCGGUGAUAUUUGAUUAUUAGGAAGCUUGCACUAUGAUUUUAGGUUUUGAAGGCACUAAGAUUUGAUGUGUUUUUACAUUUAUUUUUAUUUGCUCUUAUGCAAACAUGGCCUAUAUUCGUACAUACAUGCAUUUGGCAUGUGCACAUGAGAUUUUGAAGCCUUAAAGAAGGAUUCUUGUUAUUGGUCUAGUUGUACAUCUCUUGUGUGUUUUAAAUGAUGAAUUUAUAAUUUUUCUUUCUUAACAACUACAAAUUGAUGGGAGUUACUUUGUUAUGCAUUCUUUGAAAGUUGAGACAACCUUCUUGACUCAAGCACACCUUAUUUUUCUCUCUCGAAGAGGAUAGUUGUAGGGUAGUUGUUUUGUUCCUUCUGAUCCCUUGAACCGCUGCCACUUUACCUUUGCCAGUUAAGUUGCUGCCACCAUCCCUUGCACUUAAAAAACUAUUCCUACAACAUCAACAUUUUCAAUAAUAUUAACGAAAUCAAGAUUUGUGAAUUUUUUAAUAAACCAAAAUUUCCAUGGAAAUUCAACAUAUUCUACCUGGGUUUUCUCCAAAAUUAUCUUCAGCGCCAUCAUUUCCAAUCUCAAAACAACUUUUCUCUUUGAAAUUCCCUUUACUUUCUUCUUCAUACCCUUCUAUUCAGUCCCAAAAUUUUGAGGUUCUGAGUGGAGCCGUUUACCCUAUGAGCAUUUCACAAAAAGACAUAUGUUCUAGUUCUAGGAGGAGAGUAUCAUGUAGCAGUAAUACUGCAGAUCCAAACAAGGGGAAUGAAGUGAGAGCUCAGGUCACAGGGAGAAGGAAAAAGCUGGCCAUGUUUGUGUAUGGCGGAGGAACUAACUUUAGAUCAAUUCAUGAAGCAUCUAAAAGGGGGUCACUUCAUGGAGACGUUGUUAUAUUGGUUACAAACAAAAUCGGUAAUGAUCCAUCUAACUACCGCUUUACUUCCAUUUUUGUGCUUCUGUUUAAUAAUAUAAGUUUUUAUGAUUUUUCUAUGAUUAUUGAGCUUAGCUACAUUCUGAUAGUAAUAGGCUUACUAUCACUAGGACUUAUGUUAGAAAGAAGUAUAUAAAUCAAAUUAAUGUCGGGGCAGAAGUUAUGUAAUAUUAGCAGGAGAUUUCUUUUAUUAUUAUUUAAUGUUGUGUGUGCAGUAACUUCUAUGUAACUGUUGUAGGAAGUUAGAAUAAUACAUAUAAGCACGAAAAUGUGUCUUAAUAUCUACAGAUUAAUAUACUGGUACUCGACAAAGUUAACUGUGGUGUUAGUUUUAGGGUUACUUACCGGAGAGAAGGGUUGUGGUGCGCCGACGCCCCGGAGAGAGGCAGGAGGCAGCGCCGUUGAGUUUGAUUCUUAUUUUAUUGUUCUCUUCUUUUGUUUUUGGUGUGUAAGGAGAAAAA